AGUUCAUAAAUGUUGGAAGUCUUGACUUUUCACACAAACACGGCUUCAGAGAUUCUUCCUUGUUGUUCCAACCUUCCCCAAUUCCAAUUCCAAUUCCAAUUCAGAGUUCCAAACUGCUCUAAAAUCCCAUGGAUUUCCAGAUGAACAGGAUCCAAGUAGCGGCCUUCAUUGCUGGCAUCAUCGUCCUCAGUAUCACAGCUGAAAAAUGUCGGCAGCUGGUUGGGGAAGAGCAUUCGUCUCAGAGUGGGAAGUUUACAAUUAUGAACUGCUUUGAUAUGAGUUCUGGAACACUAGCUUGUGGGGUGAAAGAGGGUGUGAAACUAUAUGCCAACAACAUCAGAUCUGCUCAUGUCGAGGCAGCAAGGCAUAAAGCAAUCGAAGGUGCUUUGGCUGAUGCAUUGUCACAGGGGAUGGGUUCUAAAGAAGCAGCCAAGCUAGCACAGAAAGCAGGAGCAAAGGCAGCAAAAUUAGCAAAACGGCAAGCCAAGCGGAUAAUAGGUCCUAUAAUCUCGUCUGGAUGGGACUUUUCCGAAGCUAUAUACUACGGUGGUGCAGUGACAGAAGGGAUCGUCAGGGGCACUGGCACCUUGUUUGGCACCUAUGCUGGAGGCUUUCUAGGAGACCAAAGGCUUGGGAGAUUUGGUUAUCUUGUGGGAAGUCAGUUGGGCAGUUGGGUAGGAGGUAGGAUUGGAUUGAUGGUCUAUGAUGUGAUUAGUGGAGUUAAUUACAUAAUUAGAUUUGGUAUACCCGAAAGUAGUGAAGUUGGUGAAGCUCCUCCUUAUGAAAGUUCUGAUGACUCUUACGUUAGUGAAGCCCCUACAUACACGAGCUCUGAAGAUUCUUACAUUAGUCAAUUGGGCAGCUGGGUAAGAGGUAGGAUUAAAUUGAUGGUCUAUGAUGUGAUUUUUGGUAUACCCGAAAGUAGUGAAGUUGGUGAAGCUCCUCCGUAUGAAAGUUCUGAUGACUCUUACGUCAGUGAAGCCCCUGCAUACACGAGCUCUGAAGAUUCUAACGUAUAUGAGUCUUCAUACGUAUCUUCCAAUGAAGAGCUCUGAGACAUAUGAGCAUUGUGAACUAUAAGAUGGAUGGAUUAGGUUCAUCAUUACGAUUCUUUUACUCAGUUUUAUUCUGUAGAUGCCACAUAAGUGUAGUUUCAGUAUAUGACUCAUUCAUAUUGGUGUAUUCCGUGUAUAGUUCGUUGGAUGGUACUUCCAUAUAGACUAUAGUUGCAUGCACCAUUCUUACACUGACCUUUUCUUUAAAUUCAUAUAUAAGUGCGAUUUUGCUGUAAUUUUUCUUC